AGUGGUAUAUCCGUGCACCCUCUGUGCAAGGACCUAGUGAGUGGGCAGGUUGCCGUAGUAGUAGCAUUCCCAGGGUCGCAGUCAGUGGAGGUUCAGCUGAAAAAAAGUAAAGGAAGCCGGUAUUUCACGUGGCUGCUCUCUGUCACAGGUGUCCUCCUGUCCAGACUCCCACCUCACACACUCCCACCAACACACACUCAUUAGCUCACCUCAGGGCCAGGAGAGAGCUCUCAGCGCCAUCAUACACACCGAGCCGGCCAUUCAUUCAACACAUGCACAAUUUCCCACACCAAACACAUUCACAAACACACACUCGCCUGGGUACUCGUCGGCAGCGUCAUGAUGAGCCAGGACUUCCUACAGAAGCUCAAGUUGCCAGAUCUGGAUGAUGUCAGCCAGUACAUCAGGAACGUCUCCACCCCUGAUUUGGUCAGCAUGGGGGCAGUUGCUGCUGCCACAAGCUACUACCUGGUAACACGGCCCAAGGCCCUCCCACCAGUUUGUGACCUCUGUAUGCAGUCGCUUGAGGUUCCCGGUGGGGAGUUUGCCCGCCGAUCGGUUAUGUCGAAUGGAGCGGAGCACAUUUCACAUUUUUACGAAGAUGCCAGAACAAUCUAUGAGUUCUUCCUCAGAGGGCUCAGAGUCUCCAGUAACGGCCCCUGUCUUGGUUCCAGGAAACCAAAACAACCUUAUGAAUGGAUGUCCUACAGAGAGGUAAUGGAGCGAUCAGAGAAUCUCGGUUCAGCAUUUCUUCACAAAGGACACUCCAAAACCACAGACCCCCACAUCGGCAUCUUCUCUCAGAACAGACCUGAGUGGACCAUCAGUGAGCUGGCAUGUUACACCUAUUCUCUGGUGUCCGUCCCUCUAUACGACACACUGGGAACAGAAGCCAUAGGCUACAUCAUAGACAAAGCUUCCAUCUCCACCAUCGUGUGCGACGUGGUCGACAAAGUCAACCUGGUGCUGGACUGUGUCCGAGACAGGAAGCACUCUGUGAAAAACAUUGUCCUGAUGCAGGCCCCCAGUGUGGAGCUGGUGGACAGUGGGCGACGGGCCGGAAUCCACAUCCUUAGCCUGCAGGAGAUGGAGGCCAUUGGGAAGUCAAACCAUCACCAACCAGUGCCUCCGCAACCCGAGGACAUGGCUCUCAUCUGCUUCACCAGUGGAACAACUGGAAACCCAAAGGGAGCUAUGCUGACACAUAAAAAUGUUGUGUCCAACUGCUCAGCCUUCAUCAAAAUGACGGAGGUUUCCUGUCCUUUGACUCGCAGUGAUGUCCACAUUUCAUUCCUGCCCUUGGCUCAUAUGUUUGAGAGAGUAGUCCAGGAAGUGAUGAUAGUGCACGGAGCAAGGAUUGGCUUUUUCCAGGGAGACAUUCGGCUGCUGUCAGAUGACCUGAACACACUAAAACCCACUGUGUUUCCUGUGGUCCCCCGCCUGCUAAACAGAAUGUAUGAUAAGAUAUUUGGGCAGGCCAACAGCUCCCUAAAGCGAUGGCUGCUGGGGUUCGCCUACAGGAGGAAGGAGGCCGAGAUAAGGAGAGGCAUCGUGAGGAGAGACAGUAUCUGGGAUCGACUCAUCUUCCAGAAGGUUCAGGCCAGCCUCGGAGGCCGCGUGCGACUCAUGCUGACAGGAGCCGCUCCCAUCUCCCCAACUGUCCUCUGCUUCCUCAGAGCUGCAGUAGGCUGUCAGUUCUAUGAAGGUUAUGGACAAACCGAGUGCACUGCUGGAUGCACCAUGACUAUGCCCGGAGAAUGGGAAGCAGGUCACGUAGGAGCCCCUCUGCCCUGUAACUCUCUGAAACUGGUAGACGUGUCCGAGAUGAACUACCUGGCAGUAAACGGAGAGGGAGAGGUGUGCGUCAAGGGCCCCAACGUGUUCCAGGGCUACCUGAAGGACCCCGAGAAGACGGCGGAGGCCCUUGAUGCAGAUGGAUGGCUUCACACGGGAGACAUUGGGAAAUGGCUUCCUAAUGGCACGCUGCGCAUCGUGGACAGGAAGAAGCACAUCUUCAAGCUGGCACAGGGGGAGUACAUUGCUCCCGAAAAGAUAGAGAACAUCUACAUCAGGUGCGAUGCCGUGGCACAGGUCUUUGUGCAUGGAGACAGUCUGCAGGCAUAUCUUGUGGCAGUGGUGGUACCUGACCCAGACUUCCUGUCUAGCUGGACCAAGAGGAACCUGGGACUGGAGGGAAGCUACAAGGACCUAUGUGGCAGAGCGGAAGUGAAGGGGGCCAUCUUUGAGGACAUGGUGCGAUUGGGAAAGGAAGGAGGCCUUAAGUCCUUUGAGCAGGUAAGGUCCAUCUACGUCAGCACCGAGAUGUUCUCCAUCGAGAACGGCCUGCUUACUCCGACACUGAAGGCCAAGAGGAACGAAAUGCGACAGUACUUCAGAGGCCAGAUAGAAGAACUGUACGCCGGCGUCCAGAUGUAGACAGAGGCAAGGAAGAAAAAAAGCGACCAGUUGUGUUCUUUUAGGACAGAGGAAGAGCUGUGAUAGCCACAGCAAUGAUCCUCUCCGACUGAAAGGACCAUGUUUAGCACGUGGCCAGCAGCACUGGAAAACAAGCGCAGCAGGAGGCACUGUAGCUCUUAGUGGACCUUGACUCGGAGCAUCUCGAACCAAAUCAAUGCCACAGAGUACUCUGAAGAUCAAAUAAAUGUGUCUAUUGAUGAAAUAGUUUAGCCUAGGCUAUGUAAAGAACAACAUUCUGUGAUAAAUUGUUGAUUCCAAUCGGAUAUUUUGGGAUAAUAUUUUAUGGAUGUUUUUAAAAGGGAAAAUGUUGAAGUGCAUCAUCUCAGGAACAACACACAGUACGUCCUACACACACACG